UCUCAAGGGAGUAAAAGAGUAGGUGAAAAAUGACUGGAGAUUAAUUUGAAGGGGACCUUUUGUGACGAAAAGACCGCAAAUGCAUGCUGCUUCAAGUGGAACAAACCAAGAAGAACAACCACAACAAAAUAGUUGGAACACUGAGCUGCUGGCAGAUGUCCAAAUAGGCUUUAUGGAACUGAAUGGAACAUGCCUUGGAUAGUUCUCUAAACUCUCUGUUGUAAACUCCUCACGCUGUUUGAAUGUGUAAGUUCUUGCUUACUUAUCAUAGCAGUGCGUAUGUGUUUGUUUGCGCUUGUUAGGGUAGGGUAAUAGGUGUGGUAGUUCUUGUGUGUAUGAAUGGCUCAGCUUAGUAGCGUGUCAGACUCAGAGGGGCUGGUGCAGUCCAUGCUUCAGAGGCUGAGGCUUCAGGAGCAAAGGUCAGAGCAGGCCAGCACAACAUCCGAUGACACGGACAAGAUACUACAAGAGGUGGAGGAUGAAGAGGAAACACUUAUUAACACUGUGAAUGACAAUCUACGGUCACCUCGCACAAAAUGGCCAGGGUUCUCCCCCUUUUUCAAGGGAUCCACAAAGGCUUUGGGACUUCGCAAAGUCUCCACGGAACAGAAAGACAAUCUCUCAUUUUCUGUCAUUGAGGCGGAGUUUCCCAGAUGGGAAAGGAAACAGCUGAGGUUCACAUUGGUGAGCAAUCAGAUCUCUGAAAGAAAAAAUAGUCCUGUUGACAAGACAGAUGCUCUCCUAGAACCACCUCUGAACCAUGAAAACCACACAUCUCCAGCAGGCGAGGCAGAUGGCGACCCAAGGCCUCCUGUGAUGCAGACACAGACAAAUGCAGAAGUUCAGCGGACUGAUAGCACAAACAGCGAUGAGCUCUCAGCUCCGCUGGCUCCAGGUUCUGUCAUUCAGGUGCAUACAGUCACUGAUAGCCCAAUAUGGGACAGCAUAACUACUGAAGACACUGCAUCCUCCUCCACAGACAGUCUGAGUCGAAUCAAUCAACCUGUUAGUCAAGUUGUAAUGUCAAAAACAUCAAAUAAUAGGAGGAAAAACAAGAGAAAAUGGGCUGAAACAAAAACUAAGAAGUUGACCCAGAGGAUAAAAGAUAAAUGGAGAGACAGACGUUCAAGCGUGGAGAGACAGGAUAGUCAGAAUGGAGAGAAGUUUGGAGAGAAACAACAUCAGCAUAACGUAGCUGAGCAGGUGUCUAACGAGUCCAGUAAAGUGAAAGAAAAUGCAGUUCUUCCUCUACCAAUCAGAAGAGCAGAGGAUGAAGUCACUCCCUGUCCCCAAGGUUAUGACAGUAUCUCCCUCUGUGCGUUUGACCUGGGUUUUAGUACCAAUCUUAUGGAAGAGAUCUUUACUGGACCUGAAUGGGACAAAUUCUUUACCAUGAGCAACAGCCCCCUGGAAGUCCCAGAGAGCGCAAAUGACCAAAGCACUUACCCUGCUGUAGUGGAUCUGUGUAAAAUCACUGAGUCACGCAAUGCAAUUAGUGUGCCGGAGAGUACGCUGAAUGAAGCCACUGAAGAAGCUAUGCUUACAGACACUGAUGAACUAGUACUUAAUGCUGGCCAACCCAUGUGCAUGGAGAGUAGUGAACACAGUAUCAACCAACUUACCAUCUCGGAGCAAGUCAGACAUAUCCAGCCUGGGACUGUUGAAGUGAACUCUGAUCAGGGAAUCACUACUGAACCACAGAUGACCACAAACAGCCUUGACCAAUCCAACUUGGAUGCUGUCAACUAUAAUCAAUCAGAGAGUAGACCAGAGUCAAACAAACAAAAUCAGAGUUGUGAUAUCAAGGGUCAGCAAACACACAUGAUGGGGCCAGAUCUCAACCAAACCAGCCCAAGUGACACGCACCCUCACCAAACAGAGGUCACCAUGCCGAAUCUUGACCAAAACACCACAAAUGAGAUAAACCCACACCAAACACAGAUGACUACACCAGAUCUCAUCGAAACAAACACAAGUAACAUGAACCCUAACAUAAUACUGACAACACAGGCAGAUGACCAGUCUGACCAGGUGACCCACGAACCACAGAUGACCGAGCCAACCCUUAAUCAGCCCGAUGACAUGAUGAACCCAUACCUAACAGAAACGACGCAGGCAGGUGACCAGUCUGAGACAGAGGAGGCUACAGAGCCCACCAUCAAUUCAAGUCCCAGUGAAGGCGAUGACAAUGCUCCACAGUUACUUCCCCUUCUGGAUUUCUCUUAUGUGGAGGCUGGAGACGGCAAGGACAGCUCUGCACACGAGAAGAAACGAAGAGCGCUACAGUCUGAGGAGAGGGAAACUUUCAUAGAUGAAGAUGAUGAUGAUGGUGAUGUUCCCACUAAGUCUGUGUCCCAUCGGAAGGCUCCAUUAUCACCUCCUCCUUUUGCUCCUCCUCCUCCUCCUCCAUCUCAGCUUGCCACUCAGCGCUCCAUCUCUCUGGAUUCGGACUCAUCACUGUCCAUGGAAGUAGUACCCAAAAAGCGGAAAUUGGAUUGCUCUCCACGGCGUGUUCGAUUUGCUGAGGAGGUGGUGAUGCUGCCAUCUUACAUCCAACCAGAGGUGGAGGGCUGGCCUGAGCCUGAGGGGAUGGAGGAGGACUCUGACGAAAUGGACGACCCAGAGCACAUGGAGGACACGGAGGAAAUGAUGCUGCCAGAGGAGAUUAGCACGACAAAGGAGACCUCAGAGAAAAGUCCAGAGGCCCAGUUGUCCCUCUAUAACUGGAUUGUGGGAAUGAAGAGGAAGACCAAACGGAAGGCUCAAAUCUGAAUCCUUUCCUCUGCAGCCUGAUAAGGACCUUCAGCUUUCAACCUUUAAACAAAAUGUUCAUUUGAAUGUACAUGCUGUAUUCUCUCAACUGGGAGUGUUGUCGGAUUCUAGUUGUUGUGAAACAUAGCCUAGGAGGAAAGGCUUGGCUUUUAUCGGCAAGGUUAGGUCUCAUGUGUGGCAUAAUAAAACUACAACAUGGGACCAAGAAUAAAAAAAGUAAUGUGAAAUUAUGUCCAGUAUUGUAGCGCAGAAUGACUCUUUAUGGUUUACUUCCCAGCAAAAAUAGUGCAGACAAAGUGAAUCACUUAAGAAGGGGCAAUCCUGGCAGGUUUAAAAAGAAGGGUUUCUUAGUCAUACCCCUCAACAAUCUAUUGUGUUUUUCUGUUUUAAGAGUUAUAAAAUGUCAUAUUUACAUUAAGCAGAUGCUUUUAUUCAAAGUGACGUUCAUAUGUCAAUUAUAUAACAAGGGCCAUUCUCCCCAGAGCAACUCGGAGAUAAUGCCUUGCUCUAGGGCACAACAGUGGAAGCCUGGAAUUGAACCCCCAACUUUUCAGGCUACUUCAUGCUAGCCACUACACUACCCAAAGAAUAAGGACUCUGCAUUCAGAUGUGAAACUACAUCACAUUCAACAGCACGAUCAUAUGUUUUGUACUCUUGAGCUUGAAAAUACUUUUUUGCUUAUUGCUCAUCGCUUAUUAAAGUUAUUUUCACAAGCUUG